CCAAAAUUUAAAACCACCGCUCACCGCCAUACCUCCCGCCACCGUUGCGUUGGAAGCAUGGACUACAAGCAGAGGCUAAUUUUGGCGGCGAAAUGCGUGUACGACGGCGAGUUACGCGCCACCGGAGAAUCGCGUGUCGAUUCCUCGGAUUUUGGAAUCCAGGCGACACUCAAACCGCACCAAGUCGAAGGUGUGUCGUGGCUCAUCCGCCGCUACCACCUCGGCGUCAACGUCAUACUUGGUAUUGCUAGCCUUUACCUUUCUAUGGGACUGGGAAAAACGUUGCAAGCUGUCACACUUUUGAGUUACCUGAAAGUAUGCCUGAAGUUUUCUGGACCAUUCCUGGUCUUGUGCCCUCUCAGUGUAACUGAUGGUUGGGUCUCAGAAGUGGCGAAUUUUGCUCCAAAGUUGAGAUUGCUUCGUUAUGUUGGGGAUAAAGAAUAUAGAUGCAAAUUGCGCAGGGAAAUGAGUGAGUAUGUAAAAGAAAGUUCAUUCUCAUCUCACGUUCCAUCAUUGCCGUUUGAUGUGCUAUUGACGACUUAUGACAUUGCAUUGAUUGAUCAGGACUUUCUAUCCCAAUUCCCUUGGCAUUAUGCAAUUAUUGAUGAAGCACAGAGACUCAAAAACCCUUCCAGUGUCUUAUAUACUAUUUUGAGAGAGCGGUUUGUCAUCCCAAGAAAAUUGCUUCUCACUGGAACGCCAGUUCAAAACAAUCUUACUGAACUUUGGGCUCUGAUGCACUUCUGUAUGCCUUUGAUCUUUGGAACGCUGGAGCAGUUUCUUUCUUAUUUCAAGGAAGCUGGAGAUCCUUCAUCAGGUCAAGGUGCACUAAAAGUGAAGGAACAGUUUGAGAUCUUAAAGUAUGUGCUGGGUGCAUUUAUGCUUCGAAGGACCAAAUCUGCACUUAUGGAGUCUGGAACUCUGAUGCUGCCUCCUGUUACUGAAAUAACCGUGAUGGCACCUUUGUCUCCUCUGCAGAAGAAGGUUUAUAUGUCAAUACUCAGAAAGGAACUUCCAAAGCUGCUUGCACUUGCUUCUAGAGGAACAAAUGCUCCAUCUUUGCAUAAUAUCGUAAUUCAGCUCCGGAAAGCAUGUAGCCACCCGUAUCUUUUCCCAGGUAUUGAGCCUGAACCAUAUCAGGAGGGUGAGCACCUGGUUCAGGUUAGUGGUAAACUUCUAAUUUUAGAUCAGCUACUUAUGAAGCUGCAUGACUCUGGCCAUCGCGUUCUAUUGUUUGCCCAGAUGACUCAUACACUUGACAUAAUACAGGACUUCUUAGAAAUGAGAAAAUAUACUUAUGAGCGUCUUGAUGGUUCAAUUCGAGCAGAGGAGCGAUUUGCUGCAAUUAGAAAUUUCAGCAUAAAUUCAAGUGCUAAUAUUAACACUCAUCAGAGCACACCUUUUGUCUUUUUGAUAUCCACACGAGCUGGGGGAGUGGGACUAAAUCUUGUGGCUGCUGAUACAGUCAUAUUUUAUGAGCAAGAUUGGAAUCCUCAAGUGGACAAGCAGGCUUUGCAGCGUGCACAUAGAAUUGGCCAGAGCAAUCAUGUAUUGUGUAUUAAUUUGGUUACUGGGCGUACAGUUGAGGAGGUAAUUAUGCGUAGAGCAAGAAGGAAGCUACAACUCAGCCAUAAUGUUAUAGGAGAUGAAAUGCUGGAUCGUGAGGGAAGUUAUGGAGGAACUGAAGCUGGCGAUUUGAAAUCUGUUAUAUUUGGUUUGCAUGUCUUCGGUCCCAUGGAGAUGGAUACUGAAAAAUCAGAUGACCAAUUGGAUAAGAGUGAACUGGCUGUUUUAGCUGAAAAGGUCAUUGCGUCCCGCCAUGAGUUACAAUCAGAUGUGAGGGAUAGGAAGCUUGAGAUCAAUUCAAUGAAUCGGGUAAAUGAUCAAGAUUUAGUCAAACAAGAUGCUUCUGAGUCUAUGGACUUUGAUCCCGGCCUUGAUGAAGCUUCAUAUAUGUCAUGGGUCGAGAAGUUUAAGCAACCAUCUCCAGAACAAGACAGUGACGUACUGGAAUUAGGAAAUAAAAGAUGCUUACCGGAUGAGAAACACAUUAAAGCUGAAGCUGCUCGAAGGAAGGCAGAGGAGAAAAAAAUACUCAAAUGGGAGACACUUGGAUAUCACUCACUCUCUGUCAGCAAUCCUGUCAUUCCAGUCAAUCAGGAUGUGAUGUCAGAUGCUGGCUCAGUUCAUUUUGUUUAUGGAGACUGCACAACUACUGCAGCAGUUACCCCUUCUGAGUCCACUAUUAUAUUCAGUUGUGUUGAUAAUUCUGGAAAUUGGGGGCAUGGGGGUCUGUUUGAUGCCCUGGCUAGGCUGUCAGCAUCUAUCCCCAGUGCAUACCAGCGGGCUUCAGAAUUUGGAGAUCUCCAUCUGGGUGAUUUACAUCUCAUAGAAAUUACUGAGGACCAUGGUGAGCUGAGAACUCCUACUGAUCUUCGUCAGUGGGUUGGUUUAGCUGUUGUGCAGUCAUAUAAUCAGAGGCGUAAAGUUCCUCGCGGUGAUAUCUCUAUGGCUGAUUUGGAAGUUUGCCUUGCAAAAGCAUCAUUUUCAGCCGCUCAAUAUUCAGCUUCAAUCCACAUGCCCCGGGUUAAUUAUCAGCACGGGACAGACCGCUCAGAAUGGUAUACUGUUGAACGCCUACUUCGAAAAUAUGCAGCAAUGUAUGGCAUUAAUAUUUAUGUAUAUUAUUAUCGGCGCGCUGAAUGAAGCAUCCAACAUCUUGGUAUUAUCCAGCAUUCUCCGUGUAAAAUAUUGGACUUAAACUGAUGCUUACACUGCUGUUCAUUUUGCUCUGUGGAUUGUAAUGCUAUAAUAUUUAAAUUUCAGCUUUAUAUAUUAUCGCUGUCCUUUUAAUA